AUGGCUCACAUACCGCUUGAGAUUGUGGACCUCAUGCUCGGAAAUUUCACCCAUGACAUCGGAUCUUUCAACUUCUCCCAUCAAAGCCAAAGAACGCUCGCAUCCUGCGCUCUUGUCUGUCACUCUUGGAGACCAUUCGCCCAAAACCGACUUUUCGAGGAGCUGCGGCUGGACAUCCGAUUUGGCAGACCUCUCGACCAAUUGGUCACAUUUCUCGAGUCCUCGCCGCACAUAGCGACAGCCAUACGUUGCCUGUAUAUUUACUCCUACAAUCCCCGAUCCUCUCUGGCCGAUGACUACGAGAAAUCUCAUCCCGAAGACAAGCGCAAAGAGCUCCAGGUGUCCCCCGUCCUCCUCAUGAAAAUUGCGGCCCAGUUAUCCUCCAGCGCUCAUCUGAGAUUGGAGACAUUCACCCUGCUCGGCUGGCCCUCCGACACACCCCUUCCGACAGCACCUGUUCGACUACAUAUACUCGCGCUCUGCGGUCUGGUGUUCAAACCCUUUCUAAGCCCUGAGACGGCUUCUUUCGAUCUCACCAGCCUCUUCGAUCUUGACGAGAUCCACUUCGUAGGCGGAGGGAUGCGUGCCACGACGGACAUCGCUCGGAUACUCGACGUGCUCGUUCUCCCUGUCGCUACGCGCCCGGUCGCACGGAGCGUCCACUUCCUUGGCUCCGACUGCUUUGCGGCCAUUAAUAUCCGGUGCGGGGGCUUCGACCUUGGACAUCUCAAGAGCGUGGUGUUCUCCUUGAGAGACAUCGCCUCGUUGAAGUUCGCCUCCGUGCUGCUCCGUUUCCAGGGAGGCGGGAUACGCGAUGUCCACUUGAAAGUCUCUUAUGACAUCUCGGAUGCGCGGCAGGGAACCAGCCUCUGGGGCACUUUAGACAUAGCGGCGUGCACCCACCUCGAGUCUCUGUGUUUUGAGUGGCACCACGUGGGCACCGCAUACGGAGCGCUGGACCAAGACUUGAACGCAUGCGACAGGAUCACCGCCAUCCUCGCGUCCACGCCGCAGGGCCUCCGCAGGCUCACUUUCUUCCUGCCGUACGCGCAAACUCCGGAAACCCUGGGAGAUACCCUACAAUGCCUGGCUCCGCGGAUCGACCAGGCCGUCAGCAGGUUUCCGGGCUUGAAGACAAUUACUGUGAUGGCGACGCGAUCGUUUGCGGCGGAGGAGUGUAUGAAUGUCGUGCGAGGCACGCUCCCAACGAGGCUCUUGGAUAACGGGGUGCUGCAAAUUGAGCACAAGCCCUUUCGUUUCUGUAAGUUAUGA